AUGUCCACCGCUGUCGCUGCUCCAACGUCCACUCUACCCGCCCACUUCACGCCGCAAUCGAUUGCGCCAACGAGCGUGCCCAUGACCGCCUCUUCGCCGCCCUCGAAUGGCGAACCCGCACCCAGGCGCCCGCGCAGUAAUGCCACACCAGAAGGCGCAGUAGGGAUUGGACGAGAACGACGCAGUCCCGAGAACAAGUCCUCGCCCGCCAGCGGCACUGGCAGCAUCAGCAAUAGCAACAGCAACACUCACAGCCUCAACAUACAUCGCAGUGGAGGAGCCCCGCCCAUGGUCAAAGUGAAGAGGGAGCCUGGCUCGCCCGUAAUGCCUUCGUCGCGUCCACGUCCCAAGCGACUCGACCUUUCCUCGAGCAUGUCCAACAGUCGCGGCGGCCCACACACCGGACGACCUUCAGCGCCCUUGACGUCGCGCGAAUCUGCCGGCUUAGCUAUUCAAGAUGUUGGCCUAGCUUGUCUCUCGCCCGGCUUCGCUACCAGCAACCCUGGCAUGCGAGAGCAAUUACAGCGCAGUCUCGAUGUGCGGGACCAGCAGAGAUUGAUAAUCGAGGCACGACAGAAGGGGACCAAGCCUGGUAGCAGCUCGCUCGAGAACGAUGGACCGCGAACACAAGAUACAACACUAUUUGGCGUCCCGACAGGCGGCCGAACUCCCCUAACUUCUCGAAGGAAAGGACCACCAACAGCUCUGUCCAUUUCCGCGCCGUCUGCCGCACAAUUCCAACACGACAGAGUGAUACAAUCUGCACCCCUGGGUCAAACAUUUACAGGCCUCCGACCUGGAGAGUACCCGCACUCUCGACACGCACAACACGGACCGAGUGGCUUGAGCCAGACGAGCCAUAUCCACCACAUGCCCGCAACUCAGACGAACAAUCGCCUUCCCCCGAUAGCAGAUGUUUUCGCAAACGAUCGAUUAGAAUCAAGAAGAUUCCCAAACGCAAACAAUAACAACUCCCCUGGCCACUCAUCCCACUCUAAUGCACCACCUCCUGUGCCAUCGCCUGGCUUUCCUCCAUCACAAUCGCACGCUCCGCCAACGAGCGCUCGCAGUCGUGAAUUCCGAUCUGCAGAGGAGGCGGUUCAAGGACUUUCUGGCGGGCGCGAAGAUCUCCUUCCCAAAGUAGUCCACUACGGCGGUGUUCAACCUCCGACACCACCAUCUCCGAUGCCUCCAGCACGACACCGCCAUCAACAUCACCAUUCAGUAUCGGCAGUACCGGGAGCACAGCACCCGGGAGUGCAGCAGUUGCAGCAGGAGCCUUCCCGUCCGGAUGUCCUCGCCCGCACAGCGUCGAUGAACGGUCGGAGGCGAGGUCGAGAAGAGUAUGAGCGUGAGGGAAGUCCUCCGCUGGCGUACAGUCGUCCGGACGUCAAGCGUGCUACUUUUGCCGUGCGUGGAGAGGACCGGGAGGAUGAGCGAGAUUGGAGAUCAGGGAUGGGGAGUGCGGAGAAGAGAGAAGAGUUUUUGAAACUCUGCGAGAGAGCGUGGGAUCUCUUCCACUCUUGA